UCGGCCACCCCUGCGAGUCGGCGUCACGAAAGAUAUCAAAAGCAUCGUCCAAGAAAUCCACAAUGAGAUGGACAAGUCUUGGUCUGGAAUAUCCGACAAUGUCAAUGCAAUUCACCGCGGCCAAGCACCAGACCACCCGGGAUCUAAAAGCUCCUACUUUGCUGCCAUGCUCUUCGCAAAUAGUGAGGUUCGGACACUGGGAUAUUACGUCUUAGACAAUAUCCUCAAAAUAGCCGCAACACACCCUGAGUUCGACCUUCGACAUUUGGUCGUUCUUUACAGAGAACUUGUCUCCGCCCCGGCUGAGUUUCUAGGAUACGUCGGCACUGAAUCCCUACGCGACAGUCACAGAAAGAUUGACGAGCUCAUUAAAUGCAAGGUGGAGACAAACGCUAAUCAGGAGGAGGCACGGGAGGAUUUGCUCGCCGUGGUGAGUGUUUUGGCUCAGUAUAUCAAUCCCCUCAAUGCCCCGAAUUUGCUUUUAUUCCCUUUCCCUUGGAGCAUACGUCCGAGUAUCCUAUUCCCGGGCCGUCAGAUUGAACACUAUGUGCCCAGGUGGGUUGUGUCUGGGGUUUUGUGUGAUUAUGUGGCCUUCAGAGGCGCUAUUAUAUAA